AUGAACUUGGACUGCCUGAGAAACUUAGGCUCCGGGGCCUACCUUAGAAGGGAAAGGGUUAAUGACAAGGCCACAUGCAAGAAGUGGCAAAGACAGGGAGGUGAGAACUACUGGGAAGCAGCCCGGGCCCGAGAGCGCCAGCCUCCGGCCCGGGAGGGCCCCCCGAGGACCGAGGCGGGAAGGACAGCCCGAGGCAGCCGCCUUCCCGCUGAGGUGCGCGCGGCCCAGGGUGACCCUGACAAGGAGGCAGCGGGACCGCCCUCGACACCGCCCCCCGCACCCAGGCGGACCCGGACGGGAGCGCUCCUGGCCCGGAGCGCCAACCCCGUCCCCGUCCCCGAAAGCCCGGCCGAGCCGCCAGCGUCCCCUCCCCGCCGCGGACGCCCAGGCUUCCCCGUUCCCGGCGAGCUGUCGCCGCCUCGCCGUCCCCGGCCGGACUCGCUCUCCCGGGCGCGCACGCCUCCCCUCCCCCACGGCGGCCCUGGCGCAGUUCCCACCAUCCCCCGGCCGCCGCCCCCGCCGCCCCGGGCCCGGCCUGCGCCCCGCACCAGUCGCCGCCUCCUUGGCCCUAUUGUUCCCCGGCGGCUGUCCCGGGCCUCCAGGCCACCCCGGGAACCCAGGCGGCCCCAACUCACGGCUCUGGGGUCUGGGAAAAGCCGGAAGACAGAGUCCAGCCCCAGGGGACUUAACCCCUUAAAUGCCCUGCCUCGGGGGACAGGCUGGAUGCCGAGCACUCUAGGGUCCUUCUCAAGGGGUGAUUCCAGGCUGAGGACCCAGGGACCAGUUCAGGGUGACUGGGACGGAGCAGGAAGUGACCCCAGCUUCCCGGGCCCCUCUAGCCUGGAGUCAGAACAUCAGCUCUAUGGGAUUUAA